AUGGCUUCUGUAAUUACUCAUCGCGACGAAGAAACGCCAUUGGUUACCGCCGACGAAUCUCCGCUUCAACUUGAACCACAUAAAAGCCACAGCAGAGAUGUUCAUAUUAUGAGCUUAGCGUUUUUGUUGAUCUUUCUUGCUUACGGAGCUGCUCAAAAUUUGCAGAGCACUCUCAACACUGAGGAGGAUUUGGGUACGACUUCGCUUGGGAUACUUUAUUUGUCGUUUACGUUUUUUUCUCUGUUUGCUUCUUUGGUCGUGCGGAUUCUUGGAUCUAAGAAUGCUUUGAUUAUUGGAACUUCUGGUUAUUGGCUUUACCUGGCUGCAAAUUUGAAGCCUAAUUGGUAUACACUGGUUCCGGCUUCUGUGUAUCUUGGGUUUUGUGCUUCUAUAUUAUGGGUUGGACAGGGAACAUAUCUAACUUCCACUGCACGCAGACAUGCCAUAGAUAACAAUUUCCACGAAGGUGCAGUAAUUGGUAACUUCAACGGGGAAUUCUGGGGUGUCUUUGCACUUAAUCAGUUGAUUGGAAAUCUUAUUACAUUUGCUCUACUCAGUGAUGGGCAGGGGGGAAGUACCAAAGGCACAACUUUAUUGUUUGUUGUAUUCCUUUUCAUUAUGACCUUUGGUGCAAUACUAAUGUGCUUCCUACAUAAACGGAGUGGUAAUAGUAAGGAAGGAUACGAGCAUUCAGAUGCUGAUGCUGGUGAAUCAAAGUCCCUUAAGUCUCUAUGUAGUUCACUCACAAGUACAUUGUCGGAUGUGAAGAUGUUGUUGAUCAUACCCCUUAUAGCAUAUGCGGGUCUACAGCAUGCAUUUGCAUGGGCAGAAUUUACCAAGUAUGUUGUAACUCCAGCAAUUGGUUUUUCCGGUGUUGGUAUUGCAAUGGCAGCAUAUGGAGCUUUUGAUGGAAUAUGCUCUCUGACCGCUGGUCGUCUCACCUCGGGUCUCACAUCCAUCACAUCAAUAGUUUCUUUUGGAGCUUUUGCUCACGCGGUUGUACUAAUAUUACUUCUGCUAAAUUUCAGCAUAUCUAGUGGAUUUCUCGGUACUCUAUAUAUACUCUUUUUGGCUGCUUUAUUGGGCAUUGGCAAUGGAGUUCUAAUGACGCAGCUCAAUGCUUUACUAGGAAUGCUAUUUAAGCAUGACAUGGAAGGGGCUUUUGCACAGCUAAAGCUAUGGCAAAGUGCUACAAUUGCUAUCGUUUUCUUUGUGGCACCAUACAUUUCAUUCGAAGCAGUUAUCAUAGUUAUGUUGGUUGUACUAUGCUUGUCAUUCUGCAGUUUUCUAUGGUUGGCUCUCAAGGUGGGGAAUGCAUCAUCACCCUCCACCACUUGA